AUGUUUUGUGUUUUUCGACAGGUGUGCAAGAUCCCGGGAUUGUCGGUGACGGGCCUGAAGGCUACCCUGGUUGCCAGAAUCGAGGAUUACAUCAACAACCAGUUCAGCCUGGUAGCGAGGUCGGGCGCCGGGACAGCCUUGGCGCAGGCUAGGGUGCUAACGGAGGUGGUGCAAGAAGUCAGCAGGGGGUACGCGAAUGUGCUUCACAAGAGGCCCGUCGGCGGCGUGGGGGGGUACUCGCAGGACGGGGACCGGGGAGGCUCUUUGGGGAGUCCCAAGGCAGGGGGAGGCGGCGGUGGAGGCGGUAUGGCGGGGGGUGUUCGGUGGGACGAGGAGGUUAGGCGCGACUUGCAGCGAAGGUCGGAGCUAGACCCGUUCGUGGAGGUGUCUCGCACCCUCGCCGGGCCUAUGAAGCUGGAGAGGGGCUCGGGCUCGCAAAACUUGGCGGUACUCGGGUUCAACCUGGACGCCAACGAUCACGCCGCCGUUCGCCUCUCGCUCUCGCUCGGAAAAAGCACGGACGAGGGUAGAAAAACGCACCUGCUACUGCGGUCGUACCAGCUUAUCAGCGACUCGCUGGAGGGGGCGGGGGCGGAGGCGGCGAAGUACUCGGAGGGGGCGCACGUGUGGCCGCUGGAGUCGGUGUGCCAGGUGAACGGCGGCUUUCAGCAGCUCAAGCAGCGGAAGGUGUUCUUCCAGGGGCAGAAUCGAAAAUUGAAGGGCGAUUGCUCGCCGCUGGACAUCGGGGCCUCGUGCCGCCCGGGGGAGAACCGAGUGGAGUUGUACAGCUCCGAUCCAGACAAGCACGCCGUCUUGAUACAGGAGGCACUGCGGAGGGUGAAACGGUCGUUCAAGGGGUGCCUAGACCUCAACAGCCACCUGGAAGGAGACUCGUCGGAGGACGAGCAGAUAGGGAAGGGGGCCGGCGGGGACGAUAGCGACGACGAUCUGAUGGCCACGGCCACGCGGCUGUCUCUUCGGUGUCCCCUAGGCCUGGUCCCGAUCACCUGCCCUGGCAGAGGUCGCUACUGCAAGCACCUCCAGUGCUUCGACCUCAACACCUUCCUGAGCUUCAACAAGGACUGUGCGGGAGCGGCGUGGAAAUGCGGCGUGUGCAACCUUCCCAUCAAGCCUGAGGACCUGGUGGUGGACACGUACCUCGAUGAGGUGGUGCGCAGCCUGGAGGAGCAGGGGCUCACCGACGACGCGGAGGAGGUGGAGAUACACCAGGACGGCCACUGGGACCCCAUACUGGAGGACCAGAAGGCGGGCAAGAUGAGCCGGCGGGAUCGCAAGAAGGCGAAGGACGAUGCGGCCGGCGCCGGUUCGGGGCAAAACGGUGGAGUGGUUGACGGCGGCGAAUGCGACACCGUGGACAUUGACGUAGACGAUGUGGUAAGGAGCGGCGACAACUUGGCGGCUAACGGCUCUGCACCGGCGACCGCCGCGGCCGCCGCCGCCACCGCAAGGGUGGCAUCCCCACCUCCGUCCGCCCCCGCCACCGCGGCCGCCCCCGCUCCCGCCGCCGCCCCAGCCGCACGUCCGGCCAACGAGCCCGAGGUGUUCGACCUUUGCUCCAGCGACGACGACGACGAGCUUCCCGCCGCUCCCGCCCCGGCACCGGCUGCUGUCGGCGCUCCGACUUCUGCGGCGGCGGCGGCGAAUUUUUCGUCGAACGGUACCAACGGGGCCGCCGCCGCCGCUAGCGGCGGCAGCGGUGGCGCGGGAGGAGAAGGGCGCUACGGCUACUCGUCGCUCGUGCAGCCGAAGGAUUCCUCGGGGUCGGGUCGCGCGCCGUCUCCUGCCGCUCGCGCCCCCGCCGCCGGCCGGUGUGGCUCGAACGGCGACAGCAGCAAUGUCGGCAACGUCGAGUCUUCUUCUUCCUCCUCCCCGUCUUGCUCGUCUUCGAGAUACGGAGGAGAUACGGCGAGGGGAUCGUCACGCCCCGCGUCUGCUCAGGCGAGGGCCGCGGCGUCUGCGGUUGCGGGGCCGAGGGGCGCCUCGUCAUCGUCGCUGAAGCGGCCUCGCCCGAGCAGCCAAUCCGAGGAUUAUCCGCAACCGUCUCCGCAAGUACGGGCCACGUCGAGCAGCAGAGGGGGCGGCGGCGGCGGCGGCAGCGGCAUUAACGGGGGGCUAUCGAUUCCGUUUCUAGGAAAUUUCUUCGGGUCGUCUUCCCGGCGGACUAGCGGGGGGUCGUCGGAGACGGGAGGCGGGGGAGGGGGGGGGGGCGCGCGGUGGGGCGGUUUGAUCGGGGGAGGCGGAGGAAGUGGCGGGGGGCGAGGGGGAGGGGGCGGGAGCCGAAGCGGGACGGGGGCGACGGAAGCGGAGACGGUGGGGGGCUGGGACGACGAGGUGUUUCGCAAUCUUGACGGCCUGGGGGACCCCCUGGGAAGGUAGGAAGGUGUCACGCGAGGAAGCUCGAGGCGUCGUGGCCUAGUCGUUGGCUGCGAGGUCGGGGGCGGGGGGGCUUUUGUGAAUGGCAAGUCGGCGGCGUCGCCUCCCUUCGUCGGUAUGGCGUCCCAGUGGCCGCCUUCCUGGGGGUUGUCCUGGGCGGGAGAGGGAGAGAUGACCGUUGAGGGCCGUUGGAUGACCGUUCGAUGACCCCUGUCGAUUUUUUGUCGAGGAAAAUGUGCAUAUACCGGUGUGGCUCAUAUCUCAUGUUUUUACGGGUGCGUGGCGUUCGCGGGUCGUGUUUUUUUUUUUUGUCCUCCGGGCGAGUAGGCUCUUCUCGCGCCCCCUGGGCACCGAGGGUGGUACGAUAGUUACCAAGUACAUCGUAGGAGCGCUAUGGAUGAUGGUGUUUCGUUCUCCGUGUUGUGUUGGUGCGUUGUGAUUUGCUUCUUCUCGCGUCUUGGGUGUGUCCGACAUGUCUUUUUUUGUUGUGCCGCUGCUUUUAGGGGGGCGGGUAGGAGGGAUAGAUGUUUGUGGAGUACAUGCCUGUUUUAAUCGUGAUCCUUUUUUCUUUUUGUGGCUCUUCGGUGGCGUCGGGAUUUACCCGGUUGGUCGUUUUUCCACGGCGGCUACCGUGGGACGUCUGUGUUUUUUCCCUCGUGUUCCUCGUUGAGCGUUCCGCCAGCACUGCCGUGAGUCGGCGAGAGCGUGUGCCCGAAGGAGUAGGGGGAGAGAAACAUUGACUGAGAAUUGUGCAGACCCUUUGACAACGUUUUUUUUUUUUUGUUGAGGGUGCAAGAGCGCGAUGCGAAUCGAGACUGCUGCCGAAGGGCUUCCUUGGCACCCGACCCUUGCCUUCGUUCGCGAGGACAUGUAACACCAUGCCGGUCAUGCGAGGGUGCUUUGCAAGGUUUCAUGCGCGUCUCAUUUUUCACCCUGUGGUUCUUCAGGAGUCAUGUUCCGGAAGAAAACGAGCACCCAGUUCAAGGUGUGUACCACUGCGGCGUAGGAAGAAGAAAAGCUCGCGAUUUUUAUUGGGGUAGCCGCUUCUUUCGCGUUGUUUCUUUGGACCGAGUGCAUCCAUCAAGCUGACACAGAAGGGCGUGGCAGGGUCAACGACGAGGGCCAAGAAUAGGACGGGUUCUCGAGUGAAAAACCUGUCCUAGAAGAGAUGAGUUGCAUCGCGUUGUCUUGGCUAGUCACGACUGGUCGUUAAUUGCCACACGUGGUAGGAACGCAUCAGCCAUAACAGAGAGAGAAAAUCGUCAAAUUUGACCUGGCACACCAGAUAGCAAUCUCGUAGGCGUUAGAUUGCUUUUGCGUAAG